AACGAACAUACAAGUGGGUCACAGUUCUACGUCAACAAAAUGACACCUAACGCAUUGUUACAGCCCAGUGAUGGCUGGUUCAUGCAUAUAAAUAAUUUUCAACAAUUAUGGAAUAACCAACCCACAUACAUCAUCGCUCAAGCCUCCUUCAUCUUUGCAGGGUUGUUGACAUUAUUGCAUGCACUUAGGAAAGGAGGUCGCUGGCCAUACUUUUGGCUCGGCACGGUUCUCCAUGGACUCUUCACUGAUAAUUUUUGGGCAAUUGUGGUACCAGAGUUCGACAAUUUCUGGCAUUCUCAAACAACAGUUAUCUUUUGUGGUGGAAGAUUGCCCCUGCAUAUUAUAUUGCUUUACCCGGCGUUUAUUUACAACGCCGCCUAUGCUGUGUCACGAUUGAAUCUCCCGAAGUAUGCGGAACCAUUCGCUGUUGGACUUGUAACCGUUCUUAUCGAUAUACCGUACGAUAUAGUGGCUGUUAAAUUCGUACAUUGGACUUGGCAUGACACUGACCCCAACAUUUAUGAUCGCCACUAUUGGGUCCCAUGGAACUCUUAUUAUUUCCACGCAACUUUCGCGGCAAGUUUUUAUUACUUCUUCCACGCUAGCCGCCGCUGGUUUGCGCCGAAUGUUGAACAGUGGACGUCUGCAGUCAAAAAGGCGGAGUGGUAUUCGUUAGUGAUUUCAUCAUUACUUGGAAUGCCAGGUGGGGUGAUACUCUUUAUCCCCCUCUAUCAUACUCUGCACGACAAUUUUCACAUUCACUCGGAAGUUACCUUCUUCAUACUUUUCUCUAUAUUUCUCAUAAUUGUAUUACAAGGCCUGCUAAGUAAUCGGGACUACUGCAAGGAAAAAUUAACAGCCAUCGAUUACGCACUUAUUAUGCAACUGAUAGUUCACUACACUAUUUAUUGGGUAUUUAUUAUAUUCUUCAACCCCGAAGACGAAAUUUCGACGGGCAUCCACGAAACUGUUGGACCGUGUGAUGAAAAAUCUUCUCUUACCACACCGUUUGGCCAGACCCUCUAUAAGCGAAAAUAUUUCUGCCCAAGUGACUAUGAUGAGAAAUAUUUCGACUUUCACUGCGUCGGAGGUAAACUGCCACCAAAUGGAUCUAAGUGGUACACUAUUUGUGGGACACCGUUUGAGAAUCGUGCCGAAUACAUGGCAGUUCUAGCAGCAAUUUCCAUAGCGGCAUUCGGAGUAUUUCGUGGUGCAUACUUUAAAACUCAAGAGAGCUCGCUUCAAAAUAAAAAAAAUAAAUACAAGAGAAAUUGAAAUGUUAUGUUACAUAUGAUAUUAUCUGAAUUUAAAAUAAAAGCUAACAUGCAUUCUUAUUACAAAUUUCAAUCUGUUAUCGAUGUAAUAAUUAUUUAUUGUAAUACUUAAUUUAUAAUAAUAAUUUUUGAAUAAAUGUUUACGAUUUUAGAGA